UCUUUGUUAGAGGCUGAGGUUAAUGAAUGUUAAUGGGUAUCUCUGAUUAGCCUUCUCCUCUUCCCCCCUCCCAUGCUCAGCAGCUGGAAAUGAGUACUUUAGGCUUCCUUUAUAAAUGCAACCAUCUUCCUACUGCCUUUUUUUUUAAGCAGAAGGGAAUUGAAGGAGAAAGACAACCGCCAAGAAUAAUGCUUUUACUAUUGUUUCAGAUACUGUUGAUUUCAUGGCUUGUAAAAGCAGAGCAAAGAGAAGAAAUGCAGCAGAAAAAUUCCAUACGUGAUAUGCUCACCAAAUAUUUAGGGGAAUUUGAAGGCAUUGUGGGGAAACCUGAGAGGCCAGUGGUAUCGUUGGCAGAAAUGAAAAUCAAACAAGACUUGCCACGAGGUCCUCGUUUUUUGUUCCCAGAUACAGUUAAGGAAGAAGUGGCUGAUGAUUUGGGAGGUUGGGCUUCUGCAAACAUAACCCCAUCCUCUAUGUAUCCAAAACAUCCACCUUCUCACCCACAGAACAAGAGAGAUGCAGCAGCAGCCUUCAGAAAAGAUGCCAAAAAAUUCUGGGACCUUUUCAAAUUGAAGACCAAGUCAAGAUCUGAAGAGGUGAUCCUUCCAAUCAAGAUAUCUGAGAUUUACCAGGAGGUUUGCAACAAGCUUCCUUUUUCUCAGAGCAUUACACAUGAAAAUUGUGACAAAGUGGUGAUACAAAACAACCUGUGCUUUGGGAAAUGUAGUUCUUUCCACGUUCCUGGUGUUGAUGAUAGCAUUUAUAGCUUCUGCUCCCUCUGCUUGCCUACCAAAUUCUCCAUGAAGCAUCUGAAGAUGAACUGUACCAUGGUUAAUCCAGUAAAUAAGAUGGUUAUGAUCGUUGAAGAAUGCAAGUGUGAAGUUCAGAAUAUGGAAGAAAUGGGACCAGGGUUUCUACACACAGCUCUGCAUUCGAAUGAGCCUUAGCACAAAUGAACCUGUUGAAAUGACUUGAUUUUUCAAAUGAAUCUGUAGUUGCUAAGGGCCAAGAAUACUUGAUAAAUCUUUUUUUAUAAUAGUUUGCAUCUGCCUUGGUAGCUCUGGUUAGCUUAUAUGAAACAGUACACUCCAAACAUAAUUGAAGCUUGAUACAUUCAUUAGCAACAAUAAUUUUAAUUGUCUUCAUACAUCUUUUUAGGGGUAUAUUUGAGUAUGUUUUAUGUACAUUUUUAGAAUAAAAGUAUGAUUCUGAUAAAUGUGGAAACAAGACACUAAUAGUAAACCUAUUGGAGUGAACAUUUAGUAGCAAAGCAAAGCAAAGCUUUUUCCUUCUGCACCAUACCAG